AUUUCAUGUCAGUUGUCAAUAAACCAUUAAUAGAUAAUAAAUCAUGAGUAAUAAUAAAUGUUUGUACAUAUACUAUGAAAUGCGCGCAUUCCUGCGAAAUAAAGUAAAUAUCAAGUCAGUAGAGGGAGCGAUGAGGAGCCUCACCAUCGCAGCGAUCGUGGUGACCGGCCUCAGCUCAGCGGCCCUCGUGAGCGGCUCGAGAACGUCGGUGCAACAUCCCAAGUUCCUCGAGACGAUCCCUAACAUCAACGUGACGGCUGGCAGAGAUGUUGAGCUUCCGUGCGUCGUCGACAACAUCGGCAACUACAAGGUAGCCUGGACACAUAUUGACCGACAGAUCCUGCUGACGAUCGACAACAGCACCGUGACGCUCAUUCCGCGAUUUUUCGUCCGGCGGACGGACGAACGUACCUGGACUCUGCACAUCCGCUCCGUACAACCAGACGACACGGGAUACUAUGUCUGUCAGGUCAACAUGGAGCCCAUGAUCAACCAAGUGGGCUUCCUGCAGGUGGUAGUGCCCCCGCAGUUCGUGGAUGCACGCAGCUCGCCCUCGCACGUGUCGGUGAAGGAGGGCGCCGAGGUGACGCUGGCGUGCGCCGCCAAAGGCGAGCCUGAGCCCAGCGUCGCCUGGUCCAGGGAGGACCGCAAGCCUAUCACCCGCUCCAGACACGACUCGGCAGAGGAAUCGCCAGGAGUUGGAGAGGCGACGCUGGUGAUCGCUAAGGCUUCUCGGAACGACAUGGGCGCGUAUCUGUGCAUCGCCAGCAACAAGGUCCCGCCCUCCAUCAGCCGCCGCAUCGUACUCGACGUCCAUUUUGAGCCGCUGAUCACCGUCCCCAACCAGCUGGUGGGGGCGCCCCUGGGCACGAGCAUCACUCUGGAGUGCAGGGUGACGGCGUUCCCUAAGGCGGUUCACUACUGGCGCUUCGGCGACAACCUCCUCAUCAAUUCCAGCAGGCAAAUCACGCGCGAGAUCACCAAGGGCUACACAACCAACAUGCUGCUUACCAUCCACCAGCUCAACAAGCAAGACUUCGGCAUCUACGUCUGUGGCUCCAAGAACUCGCUCGGCGACACGGAUAACACGCUUCAGCUGUACGAGAUCGAAAUUCCGCGUUCCGAGAAAGCUUUGAAAGGCACGACAGAUGUAACAGGAGGGCCCUCGCAGCCCCUCGACUACGAUGAGACGACGGGACCAGAACGCGUCCCCAACCUUGACCGCGACUCUACACUCUACACGCUGGACGAUCACAAGCGUCAGGACGUGUACAGGAAGGGAGGCCUCAACCUCAACCAAAUGGGCCUCUUCAACAACGCUGGCAAAAUACGCAGCAACGCCAUCCCCACGCGACAAUCUUCCUUCCCAUCCAUCUUCUCGAGCAUCGCUGGCAGCAGCUCCAGACCACGACCCCAUGGUUACGAAUUGUUGCUAUUGCUUCUGUUGCUAUUUUCAGAGGCAUGUCCGAGUCAAUAUUUAAUAUGGGGUGUAGGAAACUUGCAAAAUAAUGACAUUAAAAGAAUAAUAAAGAAUGAAGGUGAAUGGGACACAGAGGCUGGGGGAGUAGAGCGAGCGCUGGGGGAGUAG